AUGAAAGACAGAAGUGAUUUAGAGUGCCUCCAUUCAAAAUUCGAUGUGAAAGAAUUGUAUAAAUACGAUUUCAUGUAUUUGCAGGAAUUAGUGGACCAAGAUAGUUUUCCUGUAUUCCAACCUGGUAUUUGUUCAGAGGUAUGCAAAGAAAAAAUGAAAUUUAUUGUCAAUCACACCUUUUCAAAAGUCUUGAAGCUCAUGAAUAACUAUUUUGAUGAUUCAAAAAUGGUUUUU